UGCUGCACAGUAGGUCAGAGGAUUUUUGUCACCUGAAUAGGAUGGAUGUCAUGAUUAUGCUGUCACCUUGUACCUGAAAUGUGUCCAUGUCGGCAGAGUGCUGAGGGGUCCUUGUGAGGACCCAGUGUUUCAGUUGUGGACACCCACCGAGCAGCAGGGGUUAGAAGGGGAUGGUGGAACGUUCCAGCUUCUUGUCCCUGCCUUCCAGCCUCCUGGACCCCUCCCUCCAGGCUUUUUGCACUCAGCUGCAAGUGUGGUCCCGAAGGCUCCUGACCUCUGUGUGUGUGGGACCCACGACCAGGGGUCAGAACUCGCUGCCCCAAGACCUGGAGGCUCCAUGAGCUCCCUCGGGCUUGCGGACCAGGAUGUGGAGUUUGACACAGAGCUGCAGCCCCCAGCAACAGUCUGGGAGAAGUGAAAGGAAAACCAGCCAGGAUGGAUAUUUACGACACUCAGACCUUGGGGGUUGUGGUCUUUGGUGGAUUCAUGGUUGUUUCCGCCAUCGGCAUCUUCCUGGUGUCAACCUUCUCCAUGAAGGAGACGUCAUAUGAAGAAGCUCUGGCCAACCAGCGCAAGGAAAUGGCGAAGACCAACCACCAGAAAGUGGAGAAGAAGAAGAAGGAGAAGACAGUGGAGAAGAAAGGAAAGACCAAGAAAAAGGAGGAGAAGCCCAACGGGAAGAUACCUGACCAUGAGCCCAGCCCUGGCGUGACCAUCCUCCCCAGGGACCCAGUGUGGGCACCUGCAGUGGCAGUGGCUCCAACCCCAGUCCAGUCCCCGGUGGUCACUGCCCCGGUAGCCACAGUACCAGCCAUGCCCCAAGAGAAGCUGGCUUCUUCCCCGAAGGACAAAAAGAAGAAGGAGAAAAAAGUGGCAAAGGUGGAACCAGCAGUCAGCUCUGUAGUGAAUUCCAUCCAGGUUCUUGCCUCAAAGGCUGCCAUCUUGGAAGCUGCUCCCAAGGAGGUGCCUAUGGUGGUGGUGUCCCCAGUGGGCGCCAAAGGCAGUGCCCCUGCUGCCAGCUCUACACAGGGCAAGAAAGCAGAGGGGGCCCAGAACCAGGGCAAGAAGGCAGAGGGGGCCCAGAACCAAGGCAAGAAGGCAGAGGGGGCCCAGAACCAAGGCAAGAAGGCAGAGGGGGCCCAGAACCAAGGCAAGAAGGCAGAGGGGGCCCAGAACCAGGGCAAGAAGGCAGAGGGGGCCCAGAACCAAGGGAAGAAAUCAGAGGGGGCCCAGAACCAAGGCAAGAAGGCAGAGGGGGCCCAGAACCAGGGAAAGAAGGCAGAGGGGGCCCAGAACCAAGGGAAGAAAUCAGAGGGGGCCCAGAACCAGGGCAAAAAGGCAGAGGGGAACCAGAAUCAGGGCAGAAAAGAGCAGAGUACCCUGGACCAGGGCAAAAUGGUAGAAGUGGUUCAAAACCAGAGUAAAAAAGCAGACGGGACCCCCAACCAGGGCAGGAAGGCAGAGGGGGCCCAGAAUCAGGGCAGGAAGGUAGAGGGGGCCCAGAAUCAGGGCAAGAAGGCAGAGGGGACCCCCAACCAGGGCAGAAAAGCGGAGGCAGGCCAGAAUCAGGGCAAAAAGGCAGAUUCAGUUGCUAAUCAGGGCACAAAGGUGGAAGGUGUUGCAAACCAGGGGAGAAAAGCAGAUGGGACCCCCAAUCAAGGGAAAAAGGCAGAGGGAACCUCAAACCAAGGCAAAAAGUCAGAAGGGUCCCCCAACCAGGGCAAGAAGGUGGAUGCAUCUACCAAUCAGGGUAAAAAGGCAGAGUCAACUCCUACCCAGGGCAAAAAUGCAGACAUGGUCCAGAGCCAGGAAGCACCAAAGCAAGAGGCUCCUGCAAAGAAGAAGUCUGGGUCAAAGAAGAAGGGUGAGCCUGGGCCCCCAGAUGCCAAUGGCACUCUGCACCUGCCCUACAAGACGCUGGUCUCUGCUGUCGGAAGCAUGGUGCUCAGCGAGGGAGAGGCCCAGCGGCUCAUGGAGAUCCUGGCUGACAAGGCGGGCAUCGUGCAGGACACGUGGCACAAGGCCACUCAGAAAGGCGACCCCGUGGUGAUUCUGAAACGCCAGCUGGAAGAGAAGGAGAAGCUGCUGGCCACGGAGCAGGAGGACGCGGCCGUCGCCAAAAGCAAGCUGCGGGAGCUCAACAAGGAGCUGGCAGCGGAAAAGGCCAAGGCAGCUGCCGGGGAGGCCAAAGUGAAGAAACAGCUGGUGGCCCGGGAGCAGGAGAUCACAGCCGUGCAGGCGCGCAUGCAGGCCAGCUACCGGGAGCAUGUGAAGGAGGUGCAGCAGCUGCAGGGCAAGAUCCGGACACUGCAGGAGCAGCUGGAGAACGGCCCCAGUGCACAGCUGGCCCGCUUGCAGCAGGAGAACUCCAUCCUGAGGGACGCCUUGAACCAGGCCACGAGCCAGGUGGAGAGCAAGCAGAACGCAGAGCUGGCCAAGCUCCGGCAGGAACUGGGCAAGGUCAGCAAGGAGCUGGUGGAGAAGUCGGAGGCCGCACGGCAGGAAGAGCAGCAGCGCAAGGCCCUGGAGGCCAAGGCGGCCGCUGUGGAGAAACAGGUCCUGCAGCUGCAGGCGUCUCACAAGGAGAGCGAGGAGGCCCUGCAGAAGCGCCUGGACGAGGUCAGCCGGGAGCUGUGCCGCACACAGAGCAGCCACGCCAGCCUCCGGGCGGACGCCGAGAAGGCCCGGGAGCAGCAGCAGCAGAUGACCGAGCUGCACAGCAAGCUGCAGUCCUCCGAGGCCGAGGUGAGGGGCAAGUGUGAGGAGCUUCGUGGUCUCCACGGGCAGCUGGACGAGGCCCGGGCGCAAAACUCACAGCUCACGGAGAGGAUCCGCUCCAUCGAGUCCCUGCUGGAGGCCAGCCAGGCCCGGGACACCCAGGCCAGUCGAGUGGAGGCCGACCAGCAGCAGGCCCGCCUCAUGGAGCUGGAGUCACAGGUGUGGUGCCUGGAGAAGGAGGCCACGGAGCUCAGGGAGGCGGUGGAGCAGCAGAAGGCGAAGAACAAUGACCUCCGAGAGAAGAACUGGAAGGCCAUGGAGGCUCUGGCCUCGGCCGAGAAGAGCUGCGAGGAGAAGCUGCGGUCCCUGACCCAGGCCAAGGAGGAGUCGGAGAAGCAACUCAGCCUGACGGAGGCCCAGACCAAGGAGGCCCUGCUGGCCCUGCUCCCGGGGCUCCCCACCCCCACCCACCAGAGUUACGCCGAGUGGUUGCAGGAGCUAAAAGAGAAUGCCUGUCUGGAGCUGCCAAAGCGGCCGCACACGAGCCCGGAGCCCUCGGACCUGGCUGCCAAGCUGAGAGAGGCAGAGGAGACGCAGAGCGGCCUGCAGGCUGAGUGUGACCAGUACCGCAGCAUCCUGGCCGAGACGGAGGCCAUGCUCAAGGCACUGCAGAAGAGCGUGGAGGAGGAGGAACAGGUGUGGAAGGCCCGGGUGAGCACCGCGGAGGAGGAGCUCCGGGAGUCGCGGGUCACCGUGAAACAUCUCGAAGAGGUUGUCGAGAAGCUCAAAGGGGAACUUGAAAGUUCCGACCAGGUGAGGGAGCACACCUGGCACUUGGAGGCCGAGCUGGAGAAGCACAUGGUGGCCGCCAGCGCGGAGUGCCAGAACUACGCCCAGGAGGUGGCGGGGUUGAGGCAGCUCUUAUUAGAAUCUCAGUCUCAGCUAGAUGCGGCCAAAAGCGAAGCCCAGAAACAAAGCGACGAGCUCGCCCUGGUCAGACAGCAGCUGAGCGAGAUGAAGAGCCACGUGGAGGACGGUGACGCGGCCGAGGCCCCCCGAGCAGAGCAGGACCCCGCCGAGCUGAAGAUGCAGCUGGAGCGGACAGAAGCCCUGCUGGGGGAUGAGCAGGCGCGGCGGCAGAAGCUCACGGCCGAGUUUGAGGAGGCUCAGCUGGCGGCAAGUCAGCUGCAGGCGGAGUUGGAGAAGCUCCGUUGCACCAGUGCCUUUGGGUCUUCGGAGGCGGAGGAGGCCACGCAGCUGAAGGAGAGGCUAGAGAAAGAGAAGAAGUUAACGGGUGACCUGGGACGUGCGGCCACCAAGCUGCAAGAGCUUCUGAAGACGACCCAGGAGCAGCUGGCAAAGGAGAAGGACACGGUGCAGAAGCUGCAGGAGCGGCUGGACAGACCAGAGGACGGCAGCUCAAAGGAAGGCACUUCUGUCUGAGUCUCCUGCAGAAAAAGAAGUUACUGUUCAACUUACCAAAAUGCCUUACACAUUCCUUACAAAUAAACCAACCGACACAGCGUUAUCCGGGCCCAACUUCGGUAGCUCUGAGAAGCCAUAAAGACAAGAGUUUCUUAGCACCAGAAGUAGAUCUUCCAGACCCAGUUUGUACAAGAAGAACCUUUGUCACAUUCGAGAAACACUAUCGCCCUGGCCCGGCCCUGGACCACCAGCCAGCAGACGCCAAAGCCCUCGUCAGCCGUGCGACAGACCCAGGGCUUGUUCUGGGAGGCGGGCCCGGGGUCUGUAUGUCAAUCAGUGCAAUUGUGUCUUUCGCGGGGUUGGGGGUCGGGUGGUUCUGGUGUUGAGUCCCUAACGCUGCGGAGCAGACUGGAAAGUCACAGCCAGCGAGGCAGGCAGCAGCCCCAGUCCCCGGAAGAUGCUGCCCCCAGAACCGACGCGUGACUCCUGGGUGUUAAUGCCAUUAAAACCCGCGUGUCGCCCGGCA